AUGAUCAUUGAGUCUCGAGGAGGUACCUCUCUUCCAUCUCCCCCACCCCCCGGCUCACCUGAUCGACCCAUACCCCCAGAUGACUUCUUUGAUGGAUCUGGGGGUUAUCCCAUGGAGUAUGAGGGCCCCACCAUGCCAUACGGAGAUCACAUCAUGCAAGGGAGAGCGCAUAUGCAUGCCCGUGCCCCUGCCCUUGCCGGGGGAGCAUACCCCAUGCCACAUGAUGAUUACCCAAAAGGUUAUGAUGGCUACCCCACGUCAGAUAAUGGCUAUCAACAGGGCUACCCCGUGUCAUCUGACGGGUAUCCUGGUCAUCAUGGCAACCCUAUGCCGGAUGAUGGCCAGCCUAUGGGCUCUGGAGCACACCCAAUGCCAGAUGAUGGACAUCCUGUGGGUUCUGGUGGCUACCAUGUGCCAGCUGGUAACCACUCUAUGAGCUCUCAUGGCCAUGCUAUGUCAGGUGAUGAUCAUUCUAUGAGUUCCUAUGGUGACUCUAUGCGAGGUAAUGAUCAUUCUAUGGGCUCUGGUGCAGACCCUAUGCAAGAUGAUGUGCAUUCUAUGCAUUUCAAAGGUUACCAUAUGAAAGAUGAUGAUGAUUCUAUGGGUUCUGGUGCAGACCCUAUGCAAGAUUAUGGCCAUUCUAUGCAUUCCAAAGGUUACCAUAUGAAAGGUGAUGAUCAUUCUAUGGGUCCUGGUGCAGACCAUAUGCCUGAUGAUGGCCAUUCUAUGCAUUCGAAAGGCUACCAAAUGAAAGGUGCUGAUCCUUUUAUGGGCUAUAAUGGCUACCCUAUACCAGGUCGUGAACAUUCUAUGACUAUGCCAACUGAUGGCUACCCAAUGGGUUCUAAUGGUUAUCAGAUGCCACCUAGCCUUCCAGCCUGGGACAGUAACCAUCAAGGAUCACGGAUGUAUGAUGCAAAUGCUACAGGGCCAGACAUGUCAUACUGUGAAAUGCUACUGGAGGCGCCGGUUCCUCCACCGUUAGAUCAGGUACCAUGGUUUUGUGUCUGUGCACAAUGCAAAGGAGGUGCCAUGGGCCCAAAAGGAGACAGGGGAGAUAGAGGCAUACCAGGCCCUCCUGGCAGUCCUGGAAGGAGAGGCUUAACAGGCUUUCCAGGUCACCCAGGGUUUGUGGGUCGUCCAGGACUAAAGGGACAGAAAGGUGACAGUGGUGAGAAAGGAGAGAAAGGUCCAGUGGGCUUCACAGGUGUGAAGGGAGAUCGUGGCUUUAAAGGUGACAAGGGUGACACAGGAAUGGAAGGUAGACCAGGAGAGAGAGGACCAGUAGGAGAACCAGGACAGUGUCCAGCAUCAUGUGAGUCUGUCCAAGGUCCACCAGGAGAACCAGGACUGCCGGGGUCAGCAGGCGUCCGGGGUCUCCCAGGUGUGUCUGGACCUUCCGGUUCUAAAGGUCAAAAGGGGGAUACAGGGGAUAGGGGUUUUCCUGGAGCUCCUGGGACAGAUGGUCAGAAAGGUGAUCAGGGGGAACAAGGUGAGUGCCACUGUCAAGAUGGAGCCAAAGGUGCCACUGGACAGCAGGGAUCCCCAGGAGCCAAAGGUGAAAAAGGGGCAGUAGGUCCUCAGGGUAUGCCAGGAGUAAAUGGACAAAAAGGGCAGAAGGGUGAGUUUGGUGUGACAGGCAUUCCUGGUCCAUGCUCUCCAGCAAUUCAGUCAGCCUUCUCUGCAGCACUGGACGCAAUCUACCCAGUGCCGAAUAUGCCUGUACCCUUCCCUCGUGUCCUCUAUAACAAGCAGCUCCACUUUGACCAGACUACCGGCAUCUACAGAGCCCCUGUCAAUGGCACCUACGUCUUCAGUUACCAUGUGGUAGUCUUCAGCAAAGUGCUUAAAGUGGGGCUCUUCCACAACUUUAUGCCCGUUGUUAAGUCUACUGAAACAGUUUCGCUGAGUACAGCCUCUCAACAGGUGGUGUUACAUCUGACCAUUGGUGAUAUGGUGUGGCUUCAGGUGAAGGAUACGGAAAACAAUGGAAUGUACACCAGUAGUGAGACAAGCAGCACCUUCUCUGGUUUUCUGCUCCACCCAGACACCUGUGAUCUGCCACUGUUCCGAGAUAUGCCUAGGCCUGGAAUUGGAACUUAUAAUUGGGGCAACUUACCGGGACCGCCACCACCCACCUUCUACUAG